AAAAAUGUAUUAUAUAAAUUAAAAACUAGAUGCCAUAGUUGUGACAUCAUGGGUAAAACUACUGCCUAUGAUGCCAGCAUCCCAUAUGGGUGCUAGUUCCUAUCCUGACUGCUCCACUUCCCAUCCAGCUCCCUGCUAAUGGCCUAGGAAAAACAGCAGAUGAUGGCCCAAGUGUUUGGAUCUUUGCCAUCCACAUGGGAGACCUGGAUGAGGGUCCUGGCUCCUGACUUCAGCCUAGCCCAGUUCUGACCAUUGAGGCUGUUGCAGGGGUGAACCAGCAGAUGGAAGACCUCUCUCUCUCUCUCUCUCUCUCUCUGUCUCUCUUUGUAACUCCAACUUUCAAAUAAAUAAAUAAAUCUUUUAAAAAAAGAAAAAGAAAUCAACAAAGUUGACUGAAAUUUCAAGAAUGCAGUGUUGUGACAAUGAAGAGUUUCUUUAAGGGAAAUUGGGAGUGAGAUAUGUUACUGUUCAUAGAUGUGAAAAUGAAGCCAAGGAAUCAGUGUGUACUCUAAAAGUGAUAGUAUAUUUCAUAGUUUCCUUUUGUUAAGUAUGAAAAAUUAAUCAAAAACAUGAGUUUCCAUUUUUUAAUAUUCUCUUUAUUUUGUUUUACCUUCAGAAAUUUUUUUCUUUACCACUUUUAAAGUCAUUUUGAUGAAUUUCACGGAGCCCAUAUAAACAUCUCUGUAGUGUAUAAAAUGUCCUUUUUAGUGGAUUUCUGAUGUUUCUAUCCACCAAGCUUUUUCUCCUCCCAUGAUUUUGUUGAUACAGGUGCACCUCAGGAACUCCCACAUCCAUUUCCAUAUACGGUUCUGAUCAAGCUGCCAAUCAAGGCUCCACCUUCUCUUGGCCAUGGAGUACGGGGUGCUUUGCAUUCAGGAAUACAGAAAACACAGCAAAGUGGAGUCAAGUACACCACGGAACAGCUUCAUGGGCUUGAAGGAUCACCUGGGGAAUGACCUUGGCCACCUUUAUGUGGAGAGCACAGACCCACAGUUAAGUGCAGUUGUGCCCUGGCCAAUGCUAGAAAAACCAGCAAUGGAUACAGUUAGUGCCGAGAAGGAGGAAAAAGAGGUGUCUGAGGAGAAUGUGAGCUCUGGUGACUCCGAGGAAAGCACAAAUUCUGAUCAUGAGUCGGAACAAUUGGGAAGCAUUUCAGUAGAGCCAUGCUUAUUAACCAAGACUCACCGACAACUGUGUAGGUCUCCCUGUUUAGAGCCUCACAUACUCAAACACAAUGAAAUUUUGCAAGAGUUUAAACCUGAAGAGUCCCAGACUACAUCCAAGGAAGUGAAGAAACCCCCCGAUGUGGUUCGAGAAUACCAAACAAAGCUGGAGUUUGCACUUAAGUUAGGUUAUUCUGAAGAACAGGUUCAGCUUGUGCUAAACAAACUUGGUACCGAUGCUUUAAUCAAUGACAUUUUGGGAGAACUGGUCAAGCUUGGAAAUAAAAGCGAGACAGAUCAAACAGUUAGCACAGUUACCAGUACAACGAGAGAAACAACUUCCCUGGAGUCUCAGAGGCCUGAAUCUCCGGUGCAAGAGGUGGUAGCAGAUGAUGGGGAAAAUCUGAGACCAAUCGUUAUUGACGGCAGCAACGUGGCAAUGAGCCACGGAAACAAAGAAGUAUUUUCCUGUCGAGGAAUCAAAUUGGCAGUGGAUUGGUUUUUGGAAAGAGGCCACAAAGAUGUGACGGUUUUUGUCCCUGCUUGGAGAAAAGAGCAGUCCCGACCUGACGCUCUCAUUACAGAUCAGGAAAUUUUACGUAAGUUAGAGAAGGAGAAAAUCCUGGUGUUCACACCGUCGCGGCGAGUCCAGGGAAGGCGCGUGGUGUGCUAUGAUGACAGGUUCAUCGUGAAGCUGGCUUUUGAGUCAGAUGGUAUCAUUGUGUCCAAUGAUAACUACAGGGAUCUGGCUAACGAAAAACCAGAAUGGAAGAAGUUCAUCGACGAGCGGUUAUUAAUGUAUUCCUUUGUCAAUGACAAGUUCAUGCCCCCGGAUGACCCUCUUGGCAGACAUGGCCCAAGUCUGGAUAAUUUCUUGAGGAAGAAACCUAUUGUUCCUGAACACAAAAAGCAGCCCUGUCCAUAUGGAAAGAAGUGCACCUACGGACACAAGUGCAAAUACUAUCAUCCCGAAAGGGGCAGUCAGCCUCAGCGGUCAGUGGCUGAUGAACUUCGUGCCAUGUCUAGAAAUACAGUGGCCAAAGCUGCCAAUGAAGGAGGACUGGUGAAAAGCAACAGUGUUCCUUGUAGCACCAAGGCUGAUAGCACUUCUGACGUCAAACGAGGUGCUCCAAAGAGGCAAUCAGAUCCAAGCAUCAGGACUCAAGUCUACCAAGACCUAGAAGAAAAGCUUCCCACCAAAAACAAACUGGAAACCAGGUCUGUUCCUUCUUUAGUUAGUAUUCCGGCUACUUCUUCUGCAAAACCCCAAAGCACUACAUCUUUAAGCAAUGGCCUUCCAUCUGGGGUUCAUUUCCCAGCUCAGGAUCAAAGACCACAGGGACAAUAUCCUCCGAUGAUGAUGGCAACCAAAAACCAUGGAACGCCAAUGCCUUAUGAACAGUACCCAAAAUGUGACUCCCCAGUUGACGUCGGAUAUUAUUCCAUGUUGAAUGCAUAUUCAAACCUGAGUAUCUCAGGCCCACGAAGUCCUGAGAGGCGGUUCUCGUUAGACACAGAUUACAGAAUCAGCUCUGUCGCCUCUGACUGCAGUAGUGAAGGCAGCAUGAGCUGUGGGAGCAGCGACUCCUACGUGGGGUACAACGACCGGUCCUAUGUCAGUUCUCCCGACCCGCAGCUGGAAGAGAAUCUGAAGUGUCAACACAUGCACCCUCACAGCCGCCUUAAUUCCCAACCCUUCCUGCAGAAUUUCCACGACCCCUUAACCAGAGUGCAAAGUUACAGUCAUGAAGAACCAAAGUUCCAUCACAAGCCUCCUCUCCCUCACUUGGCUGUGCACCUGCAGCACCCGGCCGUGGGUGCCCGGUCCAGCUGUCCUGGUGAUUACCCCUCUCCCCCAAGCUCAGCACACUCUAAGGCACCGCACCUAGGGAGGUCCUUAGUGGCCACGAGAAUAGACAGCAUUUCGGAUUCUCGACUGUAUGACAGCUCUCCUUCCAGACAAAGGAAGCCUUAUUCCCGGCAGGAAGGACUGGGCAGCUGGGACAGGCCAAGUUACGGGAUGGAUACGUAUGGGUACCGGCAGACUUACUCCUUGCCCGACAACUCCACACAGCCAUGCUAUGAGCAGUUCACUUUCCAGAGCCUACCUGAACAGCAAGAGCCGACCUGGCGAAUCCCGUACUGUGGAAUGCCACAAGAUCCUCCAAGGUAUCAAGACAGCCGAGAAAAGAUCUACAUCAACCUGUGCAACAUCUUCCCACCUGACCUUGUGAGAAUCGUCAUGAAAAGGAACCCUCACAUGACAGAUCCCCAGCAGCUCGCCGCGGCCAUUCUAGUGGAGAAAUCCCAACUGGGUUAUUGAAAGCUGAUGCAUCUUUGUGGUGUUUAGUAGUUUUUUGUUCAGCUCAAAUGCUGAAGGAGGUUUGCUACAAUAGCACAUGUGAUCUCCUUCCCAGUGAGGAGGUCAUGUAGUAUCCAUUUAUGUGAAAUACUGUAUCAUGGAAUCUGUAUGUAUAGCCCCACUCGGUGGAAGUAUCCCGGGAUUGCUUUACAUUCAAACUUUUUUUAACAUUUCCUUUUUAAAGCUAUAUCCUUGGCUGGAAGUUUUUCCAGUUUGAUUUAAUAGAUGUAUCCGUGAUCUUUGAUAUUAAUCUUUGGUGCAUCAGGGGUUUAUAUGCAGCACUUUUUAUCCUUGUUUCAUGUUUUAUUAACUGGGUGUUUGUCUAUCAAUUGCAAGCAAUUACAAUACCUUCAGAAUGUGGAACAUUUAAUUAGACCUAGCAAACUGUUUUUUCAAGCCAAGCUUAAUUAGAAUCUUUUACAGCUUUUUAAGUUAUUUUUAUUUGGGGAACGUGGGCUUCUUUGUGCUAUAAUCAUAAUUUAUAGAAACAAAGAUAUACUACAGCACUGACUUUAUAUUUUAAACAAAGUGUAAGUUACCAAUUUGUUGAAAUGGGUAACAAUAUAUAUAUAUAUACAUAUAUAUAUAUGAAUGAUUUGAUUUUCAGUAUGGCACUUUUUUUUGUUUGGAUUGUUUUCUGUUAAGAAAUUAGUUAAUUUAAUAUGGUCAGUUUAAAAGAAAGCAGAUGCAAUCAAUGGAAAAAAAUUGUUUCCAUUUUUUUUUUUUUUUACAAAGAAGGCAAAAGCCGUAACUGUUACAGGUUAGAGCUUUGUAAUCCAGCUCUAAUGUGCUUCUAGACAAUAGAAAUGGAGUUGAAUUUCUAGAUUUCCAUUAGCCUGCAUUUUUAAUAUGUAUGUCUUUUUGUUUUGGGGGCACAAUAAUACUGGAUAAAAUAACCCUUUUACAGUACUGGCUUGUUUUUAAUGAAUCUAUUCUCAAUGCAACUUUUAUAUUUAGUAUGCUCUUUAACUUUCUUGCUAUUUAUGAAGGCUGGCCUGAGUGGAUUCAUGUGUUGACGAUAUGCAACACUUAUUGAUAACUGCACUAUAGAAACGGUAAUGGAGGAAUUGUAAAUGGUAACUUAAAUUUUUUGUAAGAUAUUGUAUAUUUUCCAUUUUCCUGAAGGUAGUUGGUUUUUUUUUUGGGGGGGGGGUUGGGGUUGGGGGGGGCCUGUUAUAUUAUUAAGGCCAGAUUCUUGCCACAAAUAGUGUAGUUUUAGAUACAGACUAAAGUCUGUUCUAGUAUUAGUAAGGGAUAUUUCUGGUUUCAAAGUCAUGGGUUUUGCUAGCAACGAAUUCAUUUCUGCAGUUUAGAAGACAGGCUUUGGGAUCCGUGGCAGACAGUUGUGUGAUUGACGGAGCUUGCUUGUUGCCUGCAGAUUUUGCAUUUUACGAUGUGUAACAGACACAUUCAGAUCCGUUUCCACAGUCUGCCUGGAUGCCCUGGUCAUUGUAAUUAUUCUACACGGUUGAAGGAAAGCCCUGAAAAACCAGAAAGUACCUUUUACUGUUGAUACAAAUUGUAUCUUUUUAACUAUACGAACUAUUUUGAUUUGUAGAUCUAGUUAAAACACAAAUGUGUAACUAUGAUUAGACUUUUGGGCAACAUUUUAUCCCUUAUUUAAAUACAAAUUUUUAAAGUAAAAUUGAGGUUUAGAAUAGGGUAGAAAAUAAAAGUAACAAUUUAGGUACAUAAAAGUGUCUGUCUUAGUUUUAUAUAAUAUAUUAAAACAUAUUAAAUAAAUUUAUUGGCAUUUUUCUUUCUCCUAAAACUUACUUAGUGUGAACUUAAAAUAAAGGUAAAAUGCUGCCUGAAAAUAAUGUCCGAGCACCUUUGCCUAGGAUAACAUUUUCACUACUUGUGUGACACUGUGUGUCGCAUGAAGUAGGAUUUGGGUAUACAGUAAAUGCUUCUAAAAGGCAUUGUGCAUAUUGACAUAUCCAAUAAUCUGAACCGUGUUCAGCAAACUUAAUUCAGGAAAGUGGUGUUCUACACAAUUCUUGCUGUUGUGUUUGAAGUGAGUGUGGCACUCAUCUGUUCCCUGAAAUCAGACAAGUGAUGCCACCCAAACCAUGCUGAGUGGUGUCUGUCUGAGAACGACCCCACUCACUUGGGAAAUCGCUCCACUUGAGUUUCUUGGUCACUAUCUAUCGAAAAUGUUUCAAAGUAGAGGCUAAACGAGUGCCAAAGUCGGGUUACAAAUAUGUAGUAUCUUUUAUUUUCGCCAUGGUCCUUUUAUUUUUUAUAUGCAAUCAUUUUUUGAUUGUACAUAUAGGUUUGGCCUCAUUUUUUUUCAAUAUUUCAAUUAUUUGAAGAUUCUACCAAACCUUACUAAAUUUUUUUAAAUGACAUCUUAGAUGAAAUGUAUGUGGCACUUUUAAUUUGACCUUGUAAUAUUUUUAGGGGACUGUCAUUAUUUUUCUGGAAAAAUAACAUCCCGUGCUGCCACAUGAACUAGGUGACUAGCUCUCACCCAACCCACUCUGAAUGUCAGUGUCAUUCAUUGUGGGUUCAUAAGUAGCAGUUUUCUUGUGGUCAGGGGAUAAUUUGUCCUGCUUUUUUGUUUGUUUGAGCACAUUUGGCAGAAUUAGGUACAGCAAAUUCUUUUUUUAUCAAAGCAGUAAAUAAAAGGAGCCCAUCAUUAGAUUAAAUCCAUAGCUGAUCACAGACCUUCAUUUUAACCAAAACUUUCUCCCUAAUCCCUAUAUAUCAGACCUGCUAAAAACCAAUAAAUUAAAAAGCAGAGAGAGGUAUGUUGAUAAGUAGUGAACUCACCAGAAGUGAUCAACUGGUGAAAGAAAAAUGACUCAAUCUGGAAUAUUCUGGCCCCUGAACGAUUGACAGGUGACUGUAGUUUCCACCAUAAUUAGCAGUCUCUGUGUGUCUUAGUCCAGAGGGAAUAGUACCCAGUGGCCAAAUACUGGCCUUUAGUGUUUGCUCCUGUCUUGCAUGUGUUACAGACGUUUUCCGUGUCAUUUGUAUGAUCCCUGUAUCCUGAUAGUCUGUCAUUAACAAAACAUUGAAAGACAGCACACCAGUAUAAAAUAUUUGAUACUGGUGGAAACUUGAAUUUUGUGUUUUCACGAAAAUUCAUGUAUGAGAAUGUAUAGUAGAACUAAAGAGAGUGUUUUAUAAAUAUGUAUACAUACUUGUUAUGAAGCAUUAAAACUGGGGAGAGGUGAGUGCCAUCGGUGGCUGCCUUUUCCCUGGAUGAACUGUGUUUCUUUCAGUCGUGUUAACCAAGUCUGGGGUCUGUGUGACCAGUGAGAAGAUUCAGAACCACUUAAAUGGAAAGCAGCUCUUCACUGGUUUUAUUCCUGGUAUUUUUUAAAAAUUAUUUUGGUAAUUUUAAUAGAACGUGUAAUUUUAAAAUACACAAAAAAAACCUUAGAGUUGUAUUGAUUAUAUAAAUAAUUAUUUAACUUGCCUUUUAAGGAUGUAUCUAUAUGUAUAUAGACAGUAAUAUAUUUAUAAAACAAAUAUGCUUUAUGUGAUAGCCCUUAGUUUGUGCUGUAUGGGAGGAUGGCUGUGUGUGUGUGUGUGUGUGUGUUUUGAAAACUCUCAAGCUGUUUUCCCUCUGAUUUAAUGUCAUUUACUCUAAAGUAAAUGCACUUGGUUUCUGUUACUUUUUUGCUGUCCAACUUAUUCAGUAUAAAAUAAGUGGUACAUUUUUCUGGCCAUUCUGUUGGCAUAUGGCUCAUCCACUUUAUUAUCAUCUAACUCCUGGAGAACUCCUGACUGACUGCAACUCAAACACAUUAUGGCUAGAGAUAAGCUUGUGUUCUAAAUGUUCCAGGCUAAAGAAGAAAACACACCUGUGAUAUUAAGCUUACAAGGUGUAUUCCAACAAAGUAUAUUAAAAGCUGAUCACACAGGUGCAUUAGAAGAAGAGAGCAGAGGGUCAAAAAUACUAAAGAAAAUUGAAUUGUUUGACAUUGGUCAAGGAAGCCCUUAGGGCAAGUGUUGACAAACUUUUUCUGUAAAGUAUCAGACAGUAAAUUAUUUAGGCUUUGAGAAUCAUCUCUAAACACUGCUCGCCUCUGCCUCUCCAGAAUAAAAGCAGCCAGAGACAGUAUGUAAAUGAAUGCAUAUGGCUGUGUUCCAGUAAAACUUUAUUUACAGAAACAGGCAGAAUCUGGCCUGUGAGCCUUCGUUUGUUGAUCCCUGCCCUGAGGGACAGCAUUAAGGAGUCAGCCCUUAAGGAUGUGCUUUUGAGAAGAAAUAAUUUUAUUGCAAUUGAUGGUCACCAAAAUUCUCGUUGGCACUGAUGUCCUUUCUAAGAGGGCAGUAGUCAUUUCUCUUUUUACGCUGGUCAUACCUUUUAUUUAUUCGGUAUUUCUUGCAUCUAAAGUAUUCUGUAAAAAGAUGUUUUACUAAAUAUUGAAAUUUUUCCAGGAACUUUGAAUUAAUAUUGAAAAGGAGAACCCUCUACCUGCCUUUUAUUUCUCAGUGGCCUCAUGGACCAAAAACCCUGUUGUAUUUUGAAAAUUAGCCGCAAAUGUUCUAAAGACUGUCUUUACCAGUUACAUUUUUCUGUUUGUUUUUGGCUUCUAAUAAAUGACAACUCUGUCCUUCUUUAAAAAUGGUUUUAAAGAAGAUAAUUAUCUUGUAAUUUCACCUACUCAAGCUGUAUUCUGUACAAUUAAAGAUUGUCAGUAGCAUAAUUGUAGCUGUAAUGUCAGUAUAUCUGUUACAUUGUGACUCUUCCUAUGAAACAAAGUGCAUCUCUCAAAAUGUUUAGAUUUUUAAGAGACCUUAGGCUUGUCAGUGGUGAAUGAUAUUCCUACUAUGAUCAUGUGUAAUCUGGAAUUCACUGGAAGUACACACUGUUGAGCAUGUUCACCCAUAAUACUUUCUGUAUGGUGUUUCGUCAAUACCAUAUUCCUGAGAACAUUAAAUAGUGAUGAACAUUACCAUCCA